CCAAUUAUAGGAGCGGCGGCGUCGUGUUGGGGCAACUACACUCGCCCCCACACAGCAGCCGGUAGCAGCGGGCAGCGCGGCGGGUGCGCGAUGGGGCUCGGCGCGAGGGCGGCGCCUUUCACAUACGUGGCGCACGCGCUGGCCGUAGCGGCCGCCGCCAUGGUUCUGGUCUGGUGCAUCCACUUCCGCGGCGGCCUCGCCUUCGAGGCCACCAACAAGAACCUCAUCUUCAACGUUCACCCUGUACUUAUGCUUAUUGGCUAUUUAAUCCUUGGGAGUGAAGCUAUAAUGGUUUACAAGGUACUUCCUACAUGGAAGCAUGAUUCAACUAAACUGAUCCACCUAAUUCUCCAUGCAAUUGCACUUGUGCUUGGUGUGAUUGGGAUAUACUGUGCUUUCAAAUUUCACAACGAAAGUGGAAUUGCCAAUCUGUACAGUCUGCACUCCUGGCUUGGGAUCGGAACAAUUUGUUUGUAUGGUAUUCAGUGGAUAUUUGGGUUUGUUACCUUCUUCUUCCCUCGUGCUUCACCCAACGUGAGGAAGGGUGCUCUUCCUUGGCAUAUACUGUUUGGGCUCUUCGUCUACAUUUUAGCCUUGGCCACCGCACAACUUGGUUUUCUUGAGAAGCUCACUUUCCUCCAAAGCUCAGGACUCGACAAAUAUGGCGCAGAGGCAUUUUUGGUGAACUUCACGGCUUUGGCUGUUGUGCUGUUCGGUGCUUCCGUCGUCGUUGCUGCUGUUUCUCCUGCUCGCUUUGAAGAACCACAUGACUAUGCUCCAAUCCCUGGACACUAGAAUGUGUGCAGUUUACAGCAUAUACAAGUAUACAGCCAACAAAAAACUUGCUAUUCCAAUGUGAAACAGGGUAUUCAUAUAUCUCCCCUUGAAAGAAAGAACAAACUGGAACUGACCAAAAAAAAAAAGGAAAUGUGUAUAUCUGUGGUAUGUUUAUUUGUUACUGCUAUGUGAUUAAUCUACAUUAGUACAAACAA